CCUGAGCAGACGGAAAUAACCCCGCAGAAGGAAGAUUCCCAUAUUGGGAAAGAGGAUGAGGUUUCCGACGGCUCGAAGGGCGCUCCCCUCUGCUCCCGGAGGCAGGGGGGGAAGAGGAAGUUCUCCCAGUCCGAUGGCGCGUUGCUGGGCUCCGAGUCUGACGAAGAUUCGGUGAGGACUUCCUCCAGCCAGCGGUCGCACGAGCUGAAGGUAUCCAGUUUGGAAAAGGAGAGAGAUCCCAGGCGAAGCUCCGCGUCCCUCCGAGGCGACGACCUGGGGAAGUCGUCCUCGCGCUCCAAGUCGGACAGGGACGAGAAGUACUCGAGCUAUUCGAAAUCGGAAAGGGACUCGCGCUACACGUCCUCCCGCUCUCGAUCGGACAGGGAGAGGAGGCGAAGCCGGUCUCAUUCCCGUUCCCGGUCCGACCGGAGCUCCCGAACCAGCUCUUCCUACUCGAGGUCGGAGCGGUCGCAUUACUACGAGUCCGACCGCAGAUACCAUCGGAGCUCCCCGUACAGGGAAAGGUCGAGAUAUUCCCGUUCGUACGCGGACAGCAGGGCCCGAGAGAGCUCGGACUCGGAGGACGAGUACAGGAGGACACAUUCCAGGUCGAGCGACUCGAGGCGUACGUCGUCUCACUCCUCCUCCUCCUACAGAGACUCGAGGACUUCCUACUCCAAGUCGGACAGGGACAGCAAAGUAGAGUCGUCUCACGCCGACGCGGAGAGGAGAGGAAGGUCUUCGUCGAAAGCGGAUCGAGAUUCAAAAAGGACUUCCGAAAGUGAAGUAACCAAAAGGUGCUCUCCCCUUGACGAGCUGGGCUAUCGGAAGGGGACAUCCCAUUCUAAGCCUGACAGUAAUGUGAAUUCCUCCCGUUAUAAGUCCACCCCUUCAAAGACCCCCACACCAAAGCCUGAUAAAUUUAAGAGUUCUUUCUGUUGUACAGAAUCGAUCGAAGAAAUAAAGCAGCAGUCUAAUUCUCUAGAUUUAGAGAGCUCUUGUCUAAAAAGCAACGAGAUCAGGGUGUCCGUUGCGAAAAGUUUCGAAAGGGAAAAGACACUUUCGCCGUUAAAUCAGUCCAACGAUUCGCCCGCUUUGAAAAAGGCAGACGAAUCGAAAGUGGGUUUUGCUAGCUCAAAGCCUGAAGAGCUCGCGGGAAACGAAUGCCACGACAGUGUUAAAGAGCAGGAAACUUUAUUCAAGAUGAAGCCCGACCAGUUAAGAAUGUGUUUCCCCGUGGAGCUGAGUAUAAACGGGUGCCCGGAGGGUAGGGCUGACGGUUUGGCAACUUCCAGUGCCUCCAAACCAGAGGAUGUCGCUGUGUCUUCUGACGAUAGCCUGUGUCGGUCGGAGGCGUCGCCCGUCGUGAAGACGAGUCUGUUGUAUCCGUUGCCGUCUAACGGGUUCGAGAGCACGUACGCGCCUCAAGAGCAAGAGCCGGAUGAUUCUCGGGUCCAGUCCAGCGAGUGCAACAGUCUGUCCAGGCAAGCGGAGGCUCCGGGCCCGCAGCAGCAAGGGGAAGGCCCCCCUUUGCCCUUCGUGAAUGUAGACCCCCCUAAAACUGUCCUUAAGAAGCUGGAUGAUCAGGCAGCUCCCUGCGACAAAACCAAAGAACCCGUUUAUUGCUACAUUUCGGACGACGCUGCCCCUGCUCUGUAUCAUUCGGAGGUUGAGAUCGAAGCGGAACCGGCCGAUUUAAAAGUUACAUCCGAGGCUUUUCUGGACGUGCAGGUAGAGCCGCAAACGGUGACGUGCGACUACGAGAGCACGGAGGAUCAGCCCUCGAAGUCCGCCUGUGACGAGGAGAUUCCUUCCCAGAAAAUCAGCCUGGAGGUGGGCAGCUCGAGCAGGUCAGAGCAUCCCGUGCUGGAGGAAAGCGUCUCUUCCAAAUGGGAUGUGCCGCCGCCGGGCGGGUGCCAGGAGCCGCUCCUGCAUUCGGGAGCCGAAGGGAUGCUCGGCGCAGACGAAAAAAAUCGUGGCGCGGGGAAAGGAAAGCCGACGUUCCAAGAUGAACAUUCGUACUAUUCGGAGGCGCCGCCGGAGCGCCGCAACGCGGAGCUGGUGGAAGAAAGCGCCGUUUCCACCGAGGGAGUCGGGCUGGAUGACGUGAGGGUUCAGUGUCCCGACGCGUUGGUCGAGAAGGAUGAGGGAAACGAGCCCGUGUUGGCUUCGGCUUUUCCAGACGCCUUGUUCCCCUCUUGCGACGUCGUUGUCACCGCUGAAGAAAUGGUGACUCAAGCCCCGACGUGCGACAGCAGUGGCAACGCGGCCGAAUUUGUUCCUGCCGGCCACGACGAUUACUCUGACACGGGGGAGAGCGACAGCGACGGGGGCAGCGAUGACAGCGACACGGAAGAGUCGGAUUCGGAUGACGGCGCGCCACGGAAACGGCUGCAGUCUGUUGUGGUUGUACCCAAGAACUCAACCAUAGCGAUGGAGGAGAGCAGCCCUGGCUCCUCGAGGAGCAGCCAAGGCAACAGGCGCUUCUCCGACCACUGGGAUGAAGAGCGACCCGAGCCCAGUAGACCCUACUACGAGGAGAAUACGGCGAGUAAAGGCGGUCUGCACGGCGAGAGCCGGCUGGACGGUUUUCAACCGAGGGAAGAGCUGGGUGGUUUGGGCUGGGAUUUUGCCCAGUCAGAGAAGCCCAGUAGCACCUACCAGCAGCCCGAUAGCAGCUUCGGGGUUUACUCGGGCUAUGUUUACCAGCCGGGCUCGGGAGCGUACGGCGCCUGCCAGAGCUACUGGCAAGGCAACGGUUACUGGGACGUGAGGUCCGCCAGCAGACCUUCCGUCGUUAGUUACGAGCGGGGGCAAGUGCCCGAUUCUCUAACGGAGGAUCACGAGGGGCAAGCGGAGGCGGCGCCGCAGGACUCCUCCAUGGUGGGGCGGUUGUGUAUCAUGGACGACUUCCGAGACCCUCAGCGCUGGAAGGAGUUUGCCAAGCAGGGGAAGAUGCCCUGUUACUUUGACCUGAUUGAGGAGAACGUGUACCUGACCGAAAGGAAGAAGAACAAAUCCCACCGGGAUAUUAAGCGGAUGCUGUGCGAGUGCCCUCCGCUCUCCAAAGAGGAGCGAGCUCAGGGCGAGGUUGCUUGCGGAGAAGAUUGUCUCAACCGCCUGCUCAUGAUCGAGUGCUCUUCCAGGUGCCCGAACGGUGACUACUGCUCCAACAGGCGCUUCCAGAAGAAGCAGCACGCCGAUGUCGAAGUGAUCCUCACCGAGAAGAAAGGCUGGGGGCUCAGGGCUGCCAAAGAUCUGCCAUCCAACACUUUUGUCUUGGAGUACUGCGGCGAAGUGCUGGACCACAAAGAGUUCAAGGCUCGCGUGAAGGAAUAUGCCCGCAACAAGAACAUUCACUAUUAUUUCAUGGCCCUGAAGAACGAUGAGAUAAUCGAUGCUACUCAGAAAGGAAACUGCUCUCGUUUUAUGAACCACAGCUGUGAACCAAACUGCGAGACACAAAAGUGGACUGUGAAUGGGCAGCUCCGAGUUGGGUUUUUCACCACGAAACUCGUCCCGUCGGGCUCCGAGCUGACGUUCGAUUACCAGUUCCAGAGAUACGGCAAGGAGGCUCAGAAAUGUUUCUGCGGCUCCGCCAACUGCCGGGGCUACCUGGGGGGAGAGAACAGGGUCAGCAUCCGAGCCGCCGGGGGCAAGAUGAAGAAGGAGCGCUCCCGUAAGAAGGACUCGGUGGACGGAGAGCUGGAAGCGCUGCUGGAGAACGGAGAGGGUCUUUCCGACAAGAACCAAGUGCUCAGCUUGUCCCGGCUGAUGGUUCGGAUCGAAACGCUGGAGCAGAAGCUCACCUGCCUCAAACUCAUACAGAACACGCACUCGCAGUCCUGCCUGAAGUCCUUCCUGGAGUGUCACGGCUUGUCUCUCCUCUGGAUUUGGAUGACGGAGCUGGGCGACGGGAGAGGAAGCACCGCGAACAACCUCAAGUUGCAGCUGGAGGUCGGUAAUUCCCUCGACUUUGAAGCUUUCCGAGCAGCUUCACUACUUGUUCAGGAGC